GUCCCCGGCUCGGGCUGGAGGAGGCGCCCGGGGGGGACCUGGUGGAUCUGAGCGCGGCGGAGCCGGAGCUGCCCCGAUCGAUGCGGGAGUUCCUGGAGAUCGGCCCCCGUGGGCUGGCGCUCGCCCAGAGGUGGGUAAGGCAAAGGAUGGGUCCCAAAGAUGGGUGAACUUCAAAGGUGCGUGAUACCCAAAGGUAGGUGCUGCAAUAGCCGGCUCCACUCCAGCAGUGGGUCCUCUGAAAAGAAGAGGGAACUCCAAAAGGGAGGGUAUCCUCAUGGAUCCCCACAGGAGUGGCCAUCCAAAUCUGCAUGCUGCUUUGGAUGACCCCAAAGUGUGUUACCCCCCAGCAGUUGGUCCCCCAAAAAGAGCACUGGAGUCAGGACAGCACCGGGUGCCCCGGGUGACUGCGCGGCUGCUGGCACCUGUGGGGGACCCUGAGAAGGUGAUCUGUGUGGGACUCAACUACCAUGACCAUUGCAAGGAGCAGGCUGUGAAGGUCCCCAAGGAACCCCUCAUCUUCAGCAAGUUCCCCAGUGCCAUCACCGGGCCCUAUGAUGACAUUGUGCACCCCCAGGACACCAGCGAGCUGGACUGGGAGGUGGAGUUGGCUGCCAUCAUCGGGAAAAGAGGGCGACACAUUGAGGAGGCAGUGGCACUGGAACACGUGCUGGGCUUCACGGUGGCCAACGAUGUGAGCGCCCGGGACUGGCAGAUGCGGCGCAACGGGCGGCAGUGGCUGCUGGGCAAAACGUUUGACACCUUCUGUCCCCUGGGGCCAGCCAUUGUCACCAGGGAGGCCCUGGCAGGUUGGGGUCCCAGUGGCACUACCAGGGUGGCCAUGCCCCCUCAUGACACCUCCCACAGAUAUCCACAACCUGUGGAUUCGCUGCAGUGUCAAUGGGCACCGUAUGCAGGACAGCAACACCUGCCACCUCAUCUUUGGGGUGCCCGCCCUCGUCGCCUGGGUCUCCCGGUAGGAAUGGGGGAGCUGGGGACCCUCAAAGUCCAGGGGGCCGUGGCUGACACCUCAUGUGUCCCCAGGUUUGUGACACUGGUCCCUGGAGACAUCCUCCUGACAGGGACCCCUGCGGGAGUGGGGGUCUUUCGGAAACCGCCUGUUUUCCUUAAGCGUGGUGAUGAGGUGCAGUGUGAGAUUGAGGAGCUGGGCACCAUCUGCAACCGGGUGGUCUGAUAGUGGAGAGACACCUCAAAUCCCACCUCCCCCUCACAGGGGUCAAUAAAUCCACGAGCCAUUUGGUC